AUGACUUUUGGUACAAGAUCUCAGUAUAGCAGUGGAAAAAAAGGAGAAAAAGAUGAGUUUUGUGUUGAAUUGGUGCAGAAACCAAAGAUGGAAAGUCACAGUGACAUGAGUGAGAAAGGUGAAAGUUCGAAUAAUGUGGUAAUGGGUAGGCCUAAAGAGGAGGAUGAAAGUGAGAGCAGGUUCAAUGGUGACAACUUCUUAAAUGGCGUUGCUUCUGAAGAUGAACCGGACUCUGUUCUCAGUAAUUCAUCAAGGAAAAGGAAAUACAGCAGGCAUACUGCAAACCAAAUUCUAGAGCUCGAAACUGCUUUCAAGGAGAAUCCACAUCCUAACGAAAAAGUAAGACUAGAACUUGGAAAGAAACUGUCUAUGGACAGCAAGCAGGUGAAGUUUUGGUUCCAGAAUAGAAGAACCCAAAUGAAGUCACAAUUGGAACGCCAUGAAAAUGGAAUGCUGAAACAAGAAAAUGAUAGGCUCCGCAUAGAGCAUAUUGCAAUGCAGGAAGCCAUGAAACAUCCAAUUUGCAAUCGUUGUCGUAGUCAGGCUAUUAUUGCUGACAUCAAUGUUGAGGAGCAUCAAACAAAGAUUGAGCAUGAACGGCUGAAAGAGGAAGUCAAGAGGAUCAGUGUCCUGGCCGACAAACUUUUGGGGCCUUUAUCAUCCUUGGAAGGAUCAAUGGCUUCCGUUAUAGCAAAUCCUGCAUUUGGACUUCCUGAGGGAAUAAAUGGCUUCGGUGGUAUAAAUUAUGCUAACGCUGCAUCGCCAAUGGGGCUUGAUUUCGAAAAUGGUCUGUCAAGUACUCCGCCAGUAAUUAUUUCCACAAGCUUGGCUAAUGUAGAUGUAUCAUAUGAUAAGUCAAUGCUGAUGGAUCUUGCUUUGGCUGCGAUGAACGAGCUGCUUGGGCUAGCUGAGAUUGGUGAACCGCUUUGGGUUAGAAGCUUGGAUGGAGGUGGAGAAACAUUGAAUCUUGAGGAGUAUGCUAGAUCAUUUACACCAUGUACGGGCAUGAAACCUGGACAUUUCGCAACAGAAGCAACUCGCGCGACUGGUACAGUGAUUGUCAACAGCUUAACUCUGGUGGAGACAUUAAUGGACAUGAGUCGAUGGGUGGAGAUGUUCUCAUGCAUUGUCGGGAAAACCUCUGUUGUCAAUGUGAUUCCAGGUAGCACAUGUGGAAGCUGGAGCAGUAAUCUGCAAUUGAUUCAAACUGAAUUCCAAAUUAUUUCUGAUCUGGUUCCUGCUCGUGAAAUGAAAUUUCUCCGCUUCUGCAAGCAACACGCUGAAGGUGUCUGGGCUGUUGUGGAUGUGUCUGUUGACACAAUCCAAGAAAGUUCACAACCUCGUGAAAUUGGGAAUUGCAGGAAGCUCCCUUCUGGUUGUAUUGUGCAAGAUAUGCCUAAUGGUUACUCUAAGGUUACUUGGAUUGAGCACAUGGAAUAUUAUGAAAAUGUAGUCCACCAUUUGUAUCGCCCUCUGGUCAGGAAUGGCCUGGGGUUUGGCGCACAAAGGUGGAUGGCCACUCUGCAAAGGCAGUCUGAGUUCGUGGCGAUGCUGAUGUCUUCUGUUGACACCCCAGUUGUUUGUUCAAGUGGUCAGACAAGUAUGGCAAUGCUGGCUCAGCGCAUGACACGCAACUUUUGUGCUGGGGUUUGUGCAACCAUUCACAAGUGGGAAUCAAUCCAACAAGCAAAUGGAGAAGAUGCAAAAUUGAUGAUGAGGAAGAACAUUGGUGACCCUGGUGAGCCUAUUGGUGUGGUGUUGAGUGCUACAAAGACCAUCUGGUUGCCGGUGAAACAACAACGUUUGUUAGACUUCCUGUUGAAUGAACAAACAAGGACUCAAUGGGAUAUUUUGUUCAAAAGUGGUCCUAUGCAACAGAUGGUCCAUAUUGCCAAGGGUCAAAAUAUUGACAAUAGCAUCUCUCUUUUCCGUGCUAAUGGGGAUGCAAUCAGUGACAGUGAAAACAACAUGCUGAUUUUGCAAGAUACUUGCACGGACGCAACAGGAUCCCUUAUAGUAUAUGCAACAAUUGAUGCUGCAGAUAUGGAUGUGGUGAUGAAUGGAGGAGAUUCUUCUUCAGUGGCUUUCCUACCAUCUGGAAUUGCGAUAGUUCCUGACUGUUUUCAAGAUUAUACCGGGGCCAAUAACUGCGAUAUUGGAACUUCUUGGGAGAAAGAUAAUGGCUUUAGCGGUACUGGAUCUCUAGUGACUAUCGGGUUCCAAGUAUUGGUGAAUAGCUCGCCUGCUGAAAAGUUAUCUAUGGAGUCAGUCCAAAAAUCUACUGAUCGUUUGAUUUUUGUUAUAUUAUAUAUGACUGGUACGUCUUAUUCUCCAGCCAAUUUCAUAGUAGAACGACUGGAAGUUAUAGCAAAGGCUAGAAGUCAGAUUUUAAUGAGAAGCCCUGUACCCACAGUUAAUCAAGCCUAUGCUAUGAUAGUAAGUGAUGAAGGUCAAAAAUCAAUAGCAGCUACUACAGGGAUCUUAGGAGCCAAUCCUGCAAUUAUGACAGGAAAUUUUGAUGUAGUAAUGUAUUCAAGAACCACAGGAAAUCAAAGGUUCAAGAAAAACUAUAACAUUCAGUGUGAAUUCUGUAAACUCAAAGGACACAGUAAAGAAAAUUAUUAUAAAAUAGUGGGAUAUCCACCUGAUUACAAACCAAAGAAGAAAGGGGGAGCAGGAAAUAAUGCAGCCUACAAUGUCAUUACAGACAAUCCAACACAACAGACAUACAAUGAGUAUGAUGCUGCAAGGGUUCACCUGCAGAAUCUGACUAUGAAUACAAAUCAAGCUCCUACAACUACUGAGGACCAAUGGUUCGUAACAGGUCUAAAUUUCAAUCAGCUGAAUCAGAUGGCAGGCAAGCAGGAACUCUUCAGUGGGAAGGUGAGGGCGAUAGGUAGAGAGGAUGAUGGACUUUACAUACUUGAAAGACAAGUUGUUGGAACAUCUUUAGCAGUAACAGAAGGAAUAAAGGACAAGGAUCAGACAAUUUCAACUACAACAAAGGAUAUUGACCUAUGGCACAGGAGGUUUGGUCAUGUUUCAACUACAAUUCUUAAGAAGUGA